AUGUAUCAGGACUCGAUGCACAUCGUGGAGUACAAAGAGAUCCAGGACAGAUUGGCCAUCACAAUGCUGUUUCGAGAGAUGCGACAGGAGGCAUUACCAAUGUUCUAUGGAACCUGGCAUUUUGCGAUUCAAGUGGACGCGCUAUGUGCUAGAGUUCCUGAGCAUGAUUCGGCAAAUUUCCUGAAGAAGCAAGACAGUAUGAUCUUGCGGAAGGUAAACCUGUUAGACAAAUGGUUGUCUGGCAGAGGGAGGAGAAGGACUCGCCGGCUUAUCACGGUGACGUUGAACCUGGGCUAUGCAAUGUUCACCGAGCCCUCAGAUCAGUGGCAGAACUUCACAGACCUCUGGCAAAUCUUCCAGCGCCACGCGCAUCGCCACGGUCUCUCGGGUCUUGGGAACAUUCACUUUCGGUCCGCCAUGCACUGUCGUGUAAGUCUUGUCGAAUCACAAGAUCGAGGGGUCACCAUACAUUAUGAAGGCCCGAUCGCCAUUGGUGUGGCGAGAGGCAGGCGACUAUGGUUUUCUCGAGCAUACGGAGUCUUGAAUAGAUUGCGCCGAGGCGAAGAUUAUGACGAGAUUCUUAACAGAUGCACGCAAGCGUUCCAAGCGGACAUCGACCGCAAACACCCGAUUGAGCUGUGGUUCCAGCGGAUUGCGGAUGUUCUAUUUCCGGAGCAGCAGCAGCAAGCAGCUUGA